AGCAACUCUUACCUGCUAUCGUUUCUUCUUAUAACUUUAAAGUCUUAAGAACCAUUGUUUCAUAUAUAAAUACGUCAUCAUGGAGACUACAAGUUUAUUUCGAGUUGACGGCAUGAUAGCUGUUGUUACGGGAGGUGCUACUGGUCUUGGUUUUAUGAUGGCCAAGGCUCUUGCAGGAGCGGGAGCGAAAAAGGUCUAUAUACUUGGAAGACGAAAGGCUGUUCUUGAGAGUGCGGCUUCUCACCAUCCAAGUUUCGUCCCUAUAGUAUGCGACAUCACCUCUAAAUCAUCGCUCCAAUCUGCUGUUGAAUUCAUUAAAAACGACGUAGGCUACAUCAAUCUGCUUGUAGCCAACUCUGGAGUUAUAGGUCCCAUCAAUUCCUUUAACCCGGACUUCACGAUUCAACAGCUUCAAAAGAAUCUGUUCGAGGAAGUCUCAAUGGAAGAUUUUACAAACACGUUCCAUGUAAACGUUACUGCAACAUAUUUUACAUUGGUAGCUUUCCUAGAGCUUCUUGAUGCUGGAAACAAGAAUGCCUUGAAGGGAGGUUUUGGAGCCCCGGCCCAGGAAGGUAGCAAUGUCCUUUCGAUCCCCAGCCAAGCCAUCGUUACAGGGAGUUUGUCUGGUUUUAGCCGUGACAGACUUUCCUCACCCGCGUAUGCUGGAAGCAAAUCCGCCAUAGGUCAACUUGCCAAACACGCCAGUACCAAUCUUGCCCAAUAUGAAAUCAGGGUGAACGCACUUGCGCCCGGAUUAUUCCCGAGCGAACUGGCCAAUGAUUUCAUCUCUGGAAGAGACCCAAGUUCAGAGACUCUCGAUCAAAUGGGUGCCAUUCCAUCUAGGCGGUUUGGUAGCGAAGAGGACAUGGGAGGAAGUUUGCUAUAUCUUGCAAGUCGAGCAGGUUCUUACUGCAACGGUUUAAUUCUUACGAUUGAGGGUGGCAGGCUAUCUGUGACCACUUCCACUUAUUAAGAGUCUCGGGGAGAACGUGGUUACGUGGUUACGUGGUUACGUGGUUGUGACUUGACACUGGCCCAAUAAACCACUUCCAGGACCGACUAGCUAGACAAAGCUGGUAGAGAAUCACUUAUAUGACGAUUAGCAAGACCAUGAAUUCAUGUUAAUACUUAAGGAUCUAAGUUA